AUGCUGGCUGCCGCUAGUUCUGCCAAUUGCGCUGCGUCUCAAUUUGGUCGAAAACUGCGUAUUGGAUCGCUGUUUGGCCCCUUGCCAUCCACAUCGGCAGGGAAUACCGCAAUGGUGGAGCAUGCCGCGGUCACAUUUCGCGUGGAAACGAACUCAAGUUGCUCAUCCGCGUCUUCCUCUUCUUGCCAGGCCUCCUCCAACAUCUCCGAGUUCUUCCCUCGCGAGACGGUAAACCCACCUCCAAGCCCGAUAACAGAGUCAAUCUACACUUCGCUGCCUCCGUCUAUUCUUAAACAACCCGGUAUCUCGCGGAAAGCCAGUAUGUCAACAUCAUCGGGUUCCAGUGGACCACGGAACGAUGGCUUUAGUUCACUCUCCUUUGAAACUCUGGGCAACGACAAAGAUUCUGACCAACGAAUUAUUGCCACAGUUGGAAACCUUGGUAGAGCUGGCGUAGGGUCUAGCCAAGCGGUGUAUGAUAGUCUUGGUACCUCUGGCAAACCUGCUGCGGACUGCACCAAACCACAAGAAUGCCGUUGUGGUGGUAAUUGUAAAGUUCCCGACGUACCUAUCGAACCCCGUGAACAAGCAGAAGGCGCUGAGGACGAAAACCCCUCUGGCGCUGCACGAGCUCCUUUCGCCCAGAUCCUCGAUUCUGCACAGAAGCCUACACCCGUGAACGAAACCACCAAUGAAUAG